UGAUAAAGAGGAUGUGUUUUUGUAUAUGGUGUAUUUGCAACCGAACGCGAUUUUAAUAACCUUCUCAAUGGUUGUCCAGGUUGGAUCAUGAUGCCAGGCCAUCGAUCUGGACGAGCUGCGAGGAAGAGGAGGAAGAAACAAGAGAGCAUCACCCAGUCAGUCUCUCUGAGCCACCAGCCGCAGUACGUGAGGCUGAAGAAGUUUCUCCACCAGAGAGGAUUCACAUCAACGCUGCUGCAGCCGGCUCUCUUCACCGACACAGGCAGAGGACUUCAAGCUCUCAAGACCAUCAAGUCUGGAGAGCUGAUCAUCUCUCUGCCGGAGACGUGUCUCCUCACAACUUCAACUGUUCUGAACAGCUACCUGGGUCCCUAUAUAAAGAGCUGGAGGCCUCGUAUCUCCCCUCUUCUGGCGCUCUGUGUGUUCCUGGUGUGUGAGCGGCACCGAGGCGAGGCGUCUGAUUGGUUCCCCUACAUCGACGUGCUGCCUAAAACCUACACAUGUCCCGCCUACUUCAGCGAUGAUGUCAUGGCCGUUCUGCCAACCAGCGUGCAGAGAAAAGCUCUGGAUCAGAGGGAGGAGGUGAGAGGAAUCCACUCCUCUAACGUGAGCCUGUUCAGAUCCCUGCAGCCAAUCCUGAGUCAGCCUGUGGAGGAGGUGCUGACAUAUGAAGCAUUAAGGUGGGCGUGGUGCAGUGUGAACACCCGCUCCGUCUUCAUGUCCCACCCGUCCAGCGACUUCCUGUUCGGACAGGAUGUUUACGCUUUAGCUCCGUUUCUGGACCUGCUCAACCAUCGUCCUGACGUGCAGGUAAAAGCCAGUUUCAAUGAGGUGUCGCGGUGUUAUGAAAUCAGGAGUGUUUCGGGGACGCUUCGGUACGAACAGGCCUUCAUAAACUACGACUCCCAUGAUUCUCAGCGGCUGAUGAUGGAGUACGGCUUCGUGGCUUCCUGUAACCCCAACAGCGUGGUGUACGUGGAUACAGAUCUCCUCUGUGAUGUUUUCAAAGCUGACAGGAGUUUGGAUCAGAAGAUGAAGUUUCUCAGAGAAAAUAAUUUCAUUAAUAACCUCACAGUGUCCAGUGAGGGGCCGAGCUGGAGGCUGCUGACGGCUCUCAGACUGAUGGCUCUGCCUCAAACUCUGUAUCCCCAGUGGAAGGCGGUGUUGCUCGGCCAGCGGGUGUGUGAGGAGAGAGAGGAGAGGAGCGUCAGGACCGUGAAGACUCUCUGUGAGAGGAUACUGCGGGACACACACACUGCUCUGGAGAAGAUCUCCCUCCUCCUGCAGUGUGUGUGUCUGUCUCUCACGGAGCAGCUUCAUGUGGUCGAGGCGCUGCGACAGGAGGAGAGGUGCAUCCUGGGAAAUUGUCUUAAAACAAUGGAAUGCUCAGCGGAACAACAACCACCAGACGAACUGUUGUCACGGCAACCAGAUGAUGCUAAUGACGACGAAGACGCUGUGAGCUGAUUGGUGCUUAUUUCUGCCAGUCACUACUAGAAGCUCUGUGAUUGGCUGAAGUGGAGAUGCUGUUUUAUUUCAGCAGUUUGUGCUGAUCACCACAAUCUACUGAGUUAGAGAACAGCCAAAGACAAAGAGUUAAGUUAAAUUAUUUGUUUUAAAAAGGAUCAAGCCAAGGGACUGUGUGCGGCCAUAUCAAUCCGCAGAAAGAAGUCCGGUCAAUUGUGGACAACUAGAUGAGUUUCCUCCAUCAGAAGCAUGGAAUAUACUUUUUUAAUAUUCAUUUUUAUAUCUGUGGAGAGCACGAAACUAUGAAUUCAUGAUGGCUAAACUGUCCCCAGUAAAGAAGAGAAGAAGAGAGGUUAAAAGACAGAUAGCUGGACGUCAGAGAAAUCACCAGAAGAAGACAGACAGACAGGAAGUAAACACUAACGGGAACACAGUAUGGGCUCUGCAGUGUUUACAUACUGGUUAAUGGAAAAUAAACUAUGAGAAGACUUGGAUAUUUACAGAAAACCUCGAUCAAAUCUGCCGUUUUUUAAGUUACGUUGCUGUGGCUGCACUUCCAGCUGUUUUUACGCAGAGGAACGGACUAUUUCCUCUUAGAAAACACAAUAAGAUCAUUAUGAAAUGAUAAAAACACUUUUAAAAUCA